AUGGCCGGACACCAAAAGGAGAAGGUGGUCCUAGAUGAGGUCCAUCAGAACCAGAUCUUGCGAGAAUUGUACCUCAGAGAGUUACGAACGCAGAAACUCUACACGCAGUAUCACGUGAAUCCUCUUCGAAAGGUUCACACAAUCACCAGAAAGCCCAUGUCUUGGCAUGAUAACAUAGAAGAACCUGCAGAUGUCAGGUUUUUGAAUCUCAUUCACCAUGCUGCCCAGGGACCCAGAAAGAAAUACUCAGAGACACAGACUGAAAGCCAGGAAAUUGGAUGGGAUUCAAACCCCUUGGUCAACCCAGAUCGGGCAGACCGCAGACUGAACCACUUCAAGGUCUACAAGGACAUCACUCUGUACAGUGCAAAACUGUGGAGCUUGGGAGAAGGCAAUGCCCGCAAGUAA